AUGUUCAAAUUGGAAAAACAGAAACUCCUCAAAGAUCUCAUGGAGGAUAUUUUAUUCUGGAUCAGAAUCGGAAAAGGAGGUCCAGAUGUAUCAGGAGACCACAUUUCGGAUGAUCGUCGCUUGGAGAACUCUAAAAAUUUUGUGAAUACAACAUCAAAAGGGAAGAUUAGACGAGUUCAUCAAAAAAGGAAGGUACAUCCAAGCGGAGAAUCAAGAAUCGAAACCAAAGAUGGAGCACCACCAAUUUCAAAAAGGGCAGCAGAAGCCCCCGGACUGUCGGCAGUUUCUCUCCAACCGCUCGAUUUCUUCACAAACUCCUCACAUGCAAGCUCAUUGUAUUCCAAUACUGCAUUUCGUGUUCCCGGAGCAUCGGCCUUUGAUUACUCGUCUCCAAAUCAAUGGCAAACAUCUUCAUAUAUCACCUCCUCAUCCACCCAUACUCCAGAAUACUCUGAUUGGAGCUUACCAACAAAUUCGGAAGUUAGAAGAAACGAACCGAAUCCAUCAUUUAGUUGGAACUCCACUCCACAGAAUACACAAAUGACAACGGAUCUGAUAUCAACUUCACAGUUCCAAGUACAACAAAAAUUGAUCGAGCAACCAGGUUUCCUUGACGCCAAACGGAGUCAAAGAAAAGAACUCAACAAUCAAAAUUUGAGUUCUUUAUCGAUUUGUCUUUUAAAUCCUCCCGUGAACAAUUCAUUCAAUCAAGAAAUUCGUUUUUGCGAUUUGAUUCAUCUACAGCCAGAACGUUGGUUGAACGAAUAUUUGAUAGAAUUUUCGAUUGAUAGGCUGGCUUCUGAAUAUUUGAAUCCAGAGCAACAGAAAACGGUUCAUUUAUUCGAUACCACCUUCUUCCGGCGCCGAGCUGAAGAAAUAGUUACUGCCGUACCCAAUAAAACAUUGAUAACUUUGAUUUUCUGA